GGAGGACGAACGGACAGGGCCAGCCUUCUGUCCGCCUGCCGCCUGCCGUGGCAAGAAGUUCCUGCGUGCCCACGAUUGCCACUGCUCCACCUGGGCCACCGGAGCCGCCUUCCGGACUCCUGGUGCCCACUGUCCACCCUCAUCUGGCGUGAGAGCUUGCCUUCCGCUCCGCAGACGCCGCGGGCAUGGACUAUUCAUACGACGAGGACCUGGACGAGCUGUGCCCCGUGUGUGGGGACAAGGUGUCCGGCUACCACUACGGACUGCUCACGUGCGAGAGCUGCAAGGGCUUCUUCAAGCGCACGGUGCAGAACAACAAGCACUACACGUGCACCGAGAGCCAGAGCUGCAAGAUCGACAAGACGCAGCGCAAGCGCUGUCCCUUCUGCCGCUUCCAGAAGUGCCUGACCGUGGGGAUGCGCCUGGAAGCUGUGCGUGCCGACCGCAUGCGGGGAGGCCGGAACAAGUUUGGGCCCAUGUACAAGCGAGACCGGGCCCUGAAGCAGCAGAAGAAGGCACAGAUUCGGGCUAAUGGCUUUAAGCUGGAAACAGGUCCCUCGAUGGAGAUACCACCACCACCACCUCCCCCACCGGACUAUACACUGCCCCCUGGCUUGCAUGCACCUGAGCCCAAGGGCCUGCCCCCUGGUCCACCUGCUGGGCCACUAGGGGACUUUGGAGUCCCUGCCUUGCCCAUGGCAGUGCCCAGCACUCAUGGGCCUCUGGCUGGCUACCUCUACCCUGCCUUUCCUGGCCGCACCAUCAAAUCUGAGUACCCGGAGCCCUACGCUAGCCCCCCGCAGCCUGGGCCGCCCUACGUCUACCCAGAGCCCUUCUCUGGAGGCCCUGGGGUACCUGAGCUCAUUCUGCAACUGCUGCAGCUGGAGCCAGAGGAGGACCAGGUGCGGGCUCGCAUCAUUGGCUGCCUGCAGGAGCCAGCCAAAGGCCGCCCGGAGCAGCCUGCACCAUUCAGCCUCCUGUGCAGGAUGGCUGACCAGACCUUCAUCUCCAUUGUCGACUGGGCACGUAGGUGCAUGGUCUUCAAGGAGCUAGAGGUGGCUGACCAGAUGACACUGCUGCAGAACUGCUGGAGCGAGCUACUGGUGUUCGAUCACAUCUACCGCCAGAUCCAACAUGGCAAAGAGGGCAGCAUCCUGCUGAUCACUGGACAGGAGGUGGAGCUGACCACAGUGGCUGCCCAGGCAGGCACCCUGCUGCACAGCCUGGUGCUGCGGGCACAGGAACUGGUAUUGCAGCUGCACGCGCUGCAGUUGGACCGCCAAGAGUUUGUCUGCCUCAAGUUCCUCAUCCUCUUCAGCCUUGAUGUGAAGUUCCUGAAUAACCACAGCCUGGUGAAGGACGCUCAGGAGAAGGCCAAUGCUGCCCUGCUGGAUUACACCCUGUGCCACUACCCGCACUGCGGGGACAAGUUCCAGCAGCUGCUGCUGUGCCUGGUGGAGGUGCGGGCACUGAGCAUGCAGGCCAAAGAAUACCUGUACCACAAGCACCUGAGCAACGAGAUGCCCCGAAACAACCUGCUCAUUGAGAUGCUGCAAGCUAAGCAGACUUGA